CAUAUGCAGCGCUGGAGGGCGUUUGACCUACAUCCCAUCAUUACAUUUCAUGCAUUGACUCGUCUCAUGUUCAAGAACACCGGUAAUGACCUCAUCACGGACUGAUACAGGUCUGGUAUUUUUCAUUAAACAGGUAUACACUUAUUUUAAGCAUCCAAGAGGUCUGAUGCUUUGUGAAAUGAAUACAGAAGAAUGACCACAGGAAACCGGAACUACAUUAUCGUUCCUACCGUUCACUGUUUCUCUCCGGAGCCAUAAUAGAGUAACGCGCAGACUUUGGAAGAGGGAAAAAGAAGAUGGCAGGUUCCAAAUCAGCAUUGGUGUUGUGUCUGGAUGUUGGGUUCUCCAUGUCCAACUCUGCCCCUGGUGAAGAGCCUCCUUUUGAACUUGCCAAAAAAGUAAUCCAGAAGUUUGUCCAGCGCCAGGUUUUUGCAGAGACCAAGGAUGAACUGGCCUUAGUCCUGUUUGGCACAGACUCCACCGAUAACUCGCUGGAGCAGGACGGCCAGUACCAGAACAUCACUGUGCAUCGUCACCUUAUGAUGCCUGAUUUUGAGCUUCUUGAGGAAAUAGAGAAUCAGAUCCAACCAGAGAGUCAGCAGGCUGAUUGGCUGGAUGCUCUUGUUGUGUGCAUGGAUCUCCUCCAGAAAGAAACACAGGGGAAGAGGUGUGAUCGUCUCAACAUUGUCCUCCUGACUGACCUCAACACUCAGGCCAGCUCAGAGCAGAUAGACGUUAUCAUUAAAAACCUGAAAAAAGAUGGCAUCACCCUGCAGUUUUUUUUGCCUUUCCCUGUGGAGGAGGAUGAAGAGAGUGGAGGAGAUGCGGACAGAGGAGGCCCUGGUCACCCGGGCACGGGCAAAGGUCCGACCAGGGAACAGCAGAGUGGCCUCGACAUGGUGAAACACAUCAUGCUAAACCUCGAUGAGGAGGACGGACUCACUGAAAUUUACUCCUUCAAGAAUGCAAUUGAGCAGCUGUGUAUGUUCAAGCGUAUCGAGAGGAGACCCAUGGCCUGGCCCUGUCAGCUGACCAUCGGCAGCUGUCUGCCCAUCCGUAUUGUUGGAUACAAAGCAGUGACAGAAGAGAAACUUAAGAAAACGUGGACUACAGUUGACGCUCAAAGCAACCAGAAAGACGACGUGAAGAGAGAGACUGUCUAUUGUCUGGAUGACGACAAUGAGACAGAGGUGCAGAAGGAUGAUACCAUCCAAGGUUUCCGUUAUGGAAGUGAUAUUGUUCCCUUCUCCAAAGUAGAUCAAGACCAGAUGAAAUACAAGCACGAUGGGAAGUGCUUUGCUGUACUUGGCUUUACCAAACAGAACACGGUACAUCGCCAUCAGUUCAUGGGGACUCAAGUCGUCAAGGUGUUUCCUGCCAAGGAUGAUGAGCAUGCAGGAGUCGCGUUCUCCGCGCUCAUCCGAGCAUUGGAUGAACAAAACAUGGUGGCCAUUGUACGUUACGCCUAUGACCGGCGCAGCAACCCUCAAGUAGGAGCAGCCUUCCCCUGCAUCAAGAAUGACUAUGAGUGUCUGAUCUACGUCCAGCUGCCCUUCAUGGAAGACACCAGGCAGUUUACAUUUCCCUCUCUUGAAAACAACAAAAAGUUCACUCCGUCAGAAACUCAGCUGUCUGCUGUGGACUCUCUCAUUGACUCCAUGAUGUUGUUAGAAGAGGAUGAUAAUGGAGACCAAAAGGACAUGUUUAAGGUCAACCACAUUCCCAACCCUGCCUUCCAGAGGCACUUCCAGUGUCUGCAUCAUCGAGGAGUGAGUCCCGGCACCCCUCUUCCCCCCAUGGAGCCGUGGCUGAAGGCUGCUCUCGAACGGCCGGAUGUCAUUACUGAACGUUGCCAGGGUCCACUCGCGGAGCUGAAGAGGAAGUUUCCUCUCACAGAAGUGGAGAAGAAAAAGAAGCUUAAGACGAGUGCACAGAUUUUUGGCAAAGACUCUGAGGAGCCAGAUGCCAAGAACGCAAAAGGAGAGGAAGAGGAGGAGGACUAUAACCUGGCGGACAUUGCCGAAGGCUCUGUUAUCUCGGUGGGAAGCGUGCAUCCAGACAGAGACUUCCGUACCCUGAUCAAGAAGAAGGGUCUUCCAUUCGGAGAAGGUGAGAUCCAGUUUUUUCUGUCCCAAUUUUUUUUUUCCUGGCAUGCAGUCCUGAUGCACAGUUUUUCCGUUUGUAUUAUAAACCAUCAUGACUCAUGUUCAGCCCUUGUAAAUUGUGUUUCUCUUUGUUUGGUUGUGGUGACCCCUGUGUCCUUCCCAGUCUGUCAGCAACUGACUCGCAGGAUAGAGCAGUUGCUUAGCAACAAGAACACACAGUACUACAUGAAAAGCAUCACCUGUAUCCAGGCUUUCAGAGAGCAGUCUGUUAAGCUGGGGGAUGCCAAUCUGUACAACGGCUACCUCCAGUCCCUGAAAAGAAGCAUCCCAAACAGAGGGCUGGAGGUCUUCUGGGACCUGCUUGUUCAAGAUGCCAUAACUCUGAUCAGCAAGGACGAGGUUGAAGGAAGCACCGUAUCCAAAAACGAUGCUAAUCAGUUUCUGGUUACUGAGGAGAAGAAAGAGGAGGAAGCUGCACCACCAGCUGAAGAUACUGGAGAUGUUGAUGACUUGGCAAGUGUUAUUUCUUUUAGUCUGACCUUUUCAGGUUUUAAAUAUUUAUUGUGUUAA